CCAGUUCGCCUGCGCCGAGCGGCUGGCACGUCACUAGUUUACCGCUUGUUGUUAUUCUAUCGCCAAGCACGGAUUUCGAUUUGCUAAAUCAUGAGCGCCCUGUUCAACUUCCACAGCCUGCUGUCGGUCAUCCUGCUGCUGAUCUGCACCUGUGCCUACCUGCGCUCGCUCUUCCCCAGCUUGAUAGACCGCAACAAGACCGGAUUCAUGGGCACCUUCUGGAAGCUGGCAAGGAUUGGGGAGCGCAAGUCGCCGUGGGUAGGAGCCGCCUGCCUGAUCAUGGCCUUCACCGUUCUCUUUUGGAGCUGAGCUCCUGCAUCCCGCAUCCCCUCCAGGAGCCGAAUGGCACCAUAGAUUAGAUAUUCCAAACUUUCUAGGACUGUAAAUACACGCUGCGUUCUGCAGCACUGGCCGCACAUUUCGGGCUUUCCCAAC